CAUGACUUUGUGCUGGUGGAGCUUUUCUUUAAGCACUAAAUAAUUGAGGACUUUAGUGCGGUUUUGUGCCUGUGUAGUGAUGAAGGGUUGCCGUGUGUGAUAGAUUAAACAUGCGGCUGCAUUCGGGUCAGCGGGUAAUGAUGAUGAUGAUGGAGUGUGUGAGUGUGUUUGUGGGAUUCGCGCUGAUCUCUCUGUGCAAGGCUGCAGCUCUGCCCAACUUCGUGCUGCUGUUUGCGGAUGAUUUGGGAUUUGGAGAUCUGGGGUUCGCGGGUCAUCCCACAUCACUCACACCGAACCUGGACCGACUGGCGGCUCACGGGCUCCGAUUCACCGACUUCUACGCCACCAGCCCGGUGUGCAGCCCGUCCAGAGCAUCUUUGCUGACGGGUCGUUAUCAGACACGCUCUGGCAUCUACCCAGGUGUUCUGUACCCAGGUUCAAAAGGUGGGCUUCCACUCAACGAGACCACCAUCGCAGAAGUAUUGAAGCCUUUAGGCUAUGCCACAGCCAUGAUGGGGAAAUGGCAUCUGGGCUACGGUGCCAACGGUACUUACCUGCCUACGCGACAAGGCUUUGACCACUAUCUUGGCAUCCCGUACUCUCAUGACAUGGGUCCUUGUCACAACCUGACCUGCUUCCCUCCGGAUGUGAAGUGCUAUGGCUCCUGUGAUGUCGGUACAGUAACCGUGCCUCUGAUGAAUGGGGAAACCAUCACACAGCAGCCUGUAGAUUUUGUUAACUUGGAAGACAGCUACAGUACUUUUGCCACGGAGUUCAUCCGCAGCUCGGCUCAGAAAAGUCAACCGUUUUUUCUCUAUUAUCCUUCUCAUCACACCCACUACCCACAGUUUGCAGGGUGGAAAUCUGUAGGCCGAACGCUCAGGGGGCCGUUCGGAGAUGCCCUGCUGGAGUUCGACUCCACCGUAGGGAACAUCCUGCACACUCUGAAGGAAACAGGCGUCCUUAACAACACACUCGUCUUCUUUACAGCUGACAACGGGCCAGAGCUUAUGCGAAUGUCUCGUGGAGGAAAUGCUGGGCUGUUGAAGUGUGGUAAGGGCACUACAUAUGAAGGAGGAAUGAGAGAACCUGCUAUUGCGUACUGGUCUGGAGUCAUCAAACCAGGUGUCACGCACAGUCUGUCCAGUACCCUGGAUAUCCUGCCUACCUUUGCCAGAUUGGCUGGAGCGCCAUUACCCGACGUUCAGCUGGAUGGCGUUGACAUGAUUGAUAUAUUGUUCAACCAUGGAGCAGGUCAAAGAAAGGCUAUGUUUUACUACCCAGUCGACCCCAGUGAGAAGUAUGGAGUGUUUGCUGUCAGAAUGGGAAAGUAUAAAGCUCAUUAUUACACCAGGGGAUCGACGCACAGUGACCCAAACCCGGAUAAGGACUGUCAGAUAAUCUCUCUCCUGAAGUAUCACGACCCACCUCUGCUGUAUGACCUGGAGUCUGAUCCAUCUGAACACUACAGCCUGAGUGUGAAGGAUCAUCCCGAGCUGGUCAGUGUGUUGCAGAAUAUCAGUCAGCUCAAGGACGAGUUUGAGUCCUCCAUGCAAUUUGGAGAAAGUGAGAUUGGAAAAGGAACUGAUCGUAAUCUGGAGCCCUGCUGUAAUCCUCAGUGCUCUCCCAAACCAGAAUGCUGCCACUGUGGGACUACACACCGACCAGUCUUUUAAUAAACAUCCUAUCAUUUUUUAAAGGGAAAAACAGGCCAGAGACAAAAAAUGCAUUAAAAUCAAGUGCAUUUGAAACUGUGUAAAAUGUGUAUAAUCAUUAAUACACAUGCAUUUAAAUUCCCCUUAAAUUAGUUAUAGUCUAACACUGGGACUGAUUUAUUUCAUAUCAGAGACGCUGCUCUGUUAUGGUCUUCUCAGCUCGCAGUAAUCUGAUUCCUAUUCAUUUGAAUGUAUUAAAAUUAAUUAUAAGAAUCAUGGAUACAUUAUUCGUCUAUUGUGGAAUUUUGCUAAUGAUAAAAUCAUAAGCAUAUUUUCUUGUGAGUAUUAUUUUAUCAGUAAAACAGCAACCAUGGAAGAAGAGCCUUAAUUUUUAUUGUCUCAUGUUGCUUUCGUGUGAUUUACGGUUUACAGUGCUGAUUUACAAUGCUGUAAAAAAAGUAUUUGCCGUUUUUUUUUAUUUUUAUUAUUAUUAUUAUUUGCAUCUUUGUCAUACUUAAAUGACAAAUCAAACAAAUGUUAAUAUUUCAUAAAGAUAACGGAAGUAAAUACAAAAUGCAGUUUUUUAAAUGAUUAUUUCAUUUUUUAAGGGAAAAAGCUUUCCAAAACCUCCCAGGUCCUAUGUGAAAAAGUAAUUGCCCCUAAACCUAAUAAUUGGUUGUCCCAGCCAUGGCAGCAACAACUGCAAUCAAGUGUUUGCGAUAACUGGCAGUAAGUUGUUUUCAUCGCUAUGGAGAAAUGUUGCCCCACUCUUCUUUAACCCAGGACUUUGACUAGGCCACUUCGAAACCUUAAUUUUUUUUUGAGCCAUUCAGAGGUGGACUUGCAGAUGUGAUCUGGAUUAUUGUCCAGCUGCAUAACAGCUGUGAGGUCACAAACUGAUGGCUUGACGUUCUCCUUCAGGAUUUUUUGGCAGAGAAUUCAUGAUUGCAGCAAUUAUGGCGACGUUGGUCCCCAGAUCAUCAUACAACCACCACUACUGUAUGUAUGACUGCUGGUACUGUAUGAUGUUCUUUUUAUGAAACACUGUUAGUUUUACACCAGAUGUGACAACUUUUUCACAUCAGGCCAGGUGGGUUUGUGCAGCUUUUUUAUCCCUUAAUAAAUUCAAUCAUUAUUUAAAAACUGCAUUUUGUGUAUAUAUAAAUAAAAUUUGUUUAAUCUAAGUCAGACAGUAAUCUGAUAAAAUCUAAAAGGGGCAUCCUUUUUUUUUCUUUUUU